AAUUUUAGCUUCUUUUUAGACAAAAUCUGCGAUACAGUUAGACCCUCGUCCAGAGUACCGUCUAGCACGACUUAUAACUACGUUCACCGCAUCAGGCGAACUGCCUGAAGUUUCUAGCAUCGACCAACAUUCAUGUACCAUGAGCUCUAGAAUUUUGUCAGCUCGAUCUGCCAAUGCGCUCAUUAAGUUACCUUCGAAAACCGCACAAAAAUCGUGUAUCGACAAGGGAGAAAUUGUUGAGGUCAUUAUAAUUGGGCCUAUAACUUAG